AUGCCUUCCGAUAAGUCCCCGGUCGGCGACUCCGCACCGGAUCUCGAGAUCGUGGGAAACAAAGUCACCAUUCAUCCCAGUGGAGUUACUGGAGGGCUGGAACCUCAAGAUGAACAGAUUACCGAACGCAACCUCGUCCGCCAUAUGGCGAGGUUUCGCGAGAACCCUUUCGAUUUCCUACGAGAAGUGAGCUUGUACAUGUCAGGAACCGGUUGGCGCGCCUACGAUGAUGUGAUCGGACAACCCAUAUUCUAUUCUGGGUUUACGGAUCGAAUGAAGUCCCGGAUUCUUGCAAGUCCCUUGUUGCAAGGGAAGGUGAAGGAGCUGGCGGAGGCACGGUUAACAGUGGAGGAGAAGGAAGGAUUGUUGGAUGUGACACCAGGACCCCUGGAGCAGAAACGGAUACACCGCCGGAAUGAGAUACAAAGUAAUCUGAAAGAGGUGGUAGAUUCUAUGCUGGAUAACAUGAUAUGUAAGAUGGAGAGCAAGAGGUUCAUCCGGGGGGCGUACUAUCUCUGCACGCAGCUUCUGACGCGCGCUUACCAUCAAGGAAUACACGUGUCUAGCGAAGAAGUCCUCCGGCUGAGAUCUUUUGCGCAAGAGGCAGCCGCCAAGAAGCAAUCCAUUGUCUUUUUGCCGUGUCACAAAUCGCAUGUCGACUAUGUGUCGCUCCAGCUUAUCUGCUAUCGCCUUGGAAUUGGGCUUCCGGUCGUGGUGGCGGGAGAGAAUCUCAAUAUCCCGAUGCUGGGCCCUUUUCUCCAGCAUGCAGGCGCGAUGUGGAUUCGGAGGAGCUUUGGAAACGAUCCGCUAUAUAACACCGUUGUACAGGCUUAUAUUGAUACCAUGCUGCAGCAAGGGUUCAACUUUGAAUGUUUCAUCGAAGGUGGUCGUUCGAGAACUGGAAAGCUUCUUUCACCCAAAUUCGGCAUUCUUAGCUUUAUCUUGGACAGUGUUCUUUCCGGUCGCGUUGAGGACACCAUCAUAUGCCCUGUCAGCACACAGUAUGACAAAGUGAUUGAGACUGAGUCCUACAUCAGCGAACUGCUUGGUCAACCGAAGAGAAAGGAAAACCUGGCUGAUUUCCUGUCCUCGUCCUCCGUCCUCUCUCUGAAGCUCGGUCGGGUUGAUGUUCGAUUCCACGAGCCAUGGAGCUUGAGAGAGUUCAUCAACCAGCAAUUGACACGAAUGCCGGAACAAAUUGUCGCAAAUGGUGGGCCGCAGCUGAGCUAUGCUGAUAGAGGCCGGGUUUUGAGAUCCCUGGGAUACAGGGUCUUGUCUGACAUUAACGAUGUGUCUGUAAUGAUGCCUACAGCUCUGGUUGGCACUGUCCUUCUUACGCUUCGCGGUCGAGGCGUCGGCAAAGGUGAAAUGGUCCGGCGCGUCGAAUGGCUGUGUGAACGUGUUCGAGCAAAGGGCGGACGGGUCGCUCACUUCUAUCGUUACCCAACGGAUGUCGUUGUCGACCGUGCGCUAGAGGUCUUGGGGCCGCAGCUUGUGGGCGAGGUGAGCGGACUGGUCGAACCGACAUACUAUGCUGUGGAUCGUUUCCAGCUUUCGUUCUACCGCAACAUGACCAUCCACUUGUUCAUCACGGAAGCGCUGGUGUCUGCGGGAAUGUAUACGAGAAUCAAGCAAGGCGGCGGGCCGUCUUAUCAGCGCAUUUCCUACCAAGAUCUCCUGAACCAGGUUUCGUUCCUAUCUCAGCUCUUCCGUGGCGAAUUCAUCUUCCCUCCUGAGGGCCUGACAACAAACAUGGAAAAGACCCUGCGUGGACUCGAAAGAGACAACAUAAUCACCGUGAGCCGAGACGCGGCCGGCGCGCCACAAUUCGUGGAGCUCAGCGACGCAGAACGGCAAUGUGGCCGCGAAAACUAUGACUUCUACUGCUUCCUUGUGUGGCCAUUCAUCGAAGCCUCCUGGCUCGGCUCCGUCUCACUCCUAGGGCUGACGCCCCCCCUCAACGGCGCUGAAGAUGUCUGGAUUGAUCUGAACAAGGCCCAAAAUAGCGCCCAACUGCUCGGCAAAACCCUCUACCACCAAGGCGACCUCUCCUACUUCGAAGCCGUCAACAAGGAGACCCUCCGAAACUCCUACCAACGCUUCGCAGAGGAAGGCAUUAUCCAAGUCGCCAAAAGCAAAGGAUCAAAGUUAUCCACGAUGAAGCUUGCCCCCGAAUGGACGCCUGAGCGGGAUCCAACCACGGGAAAGCUUCUUCCUCGUGGUCGCCUCUGGGACUUUACUGAGCUGAUUGCACAGUCCAGACGUGAGGGCAAAAACCGCCGUGACGGCGCAACAGUCUCGUCGCGGGUUCUGCACAUGUCGGAUGUCGUGGGCCGCAAGUUAUUCGAGGACGCGAGUCCUAGUCCCGCUGCGGCGGAGGAGGUUGAUGUCUCCAUAAGGCAAAUGAGGAGGAAGGCCAUUACGCCUAGUUCGAAGCUGUAG